UACUUAUUCAUUAAAUUUCCCCCUUUUGUGUUGUGUUGUGAAGGAUUCUAAAUUUUAGUUGGAGAUAAAUCUAUCAUCGAUUGGAUUUCCCUCAAGUUUUUUCUGCUUAAAAAUUUAUGGAUUAUCAUGGAUCCAUUGCAAAGUGCGGGAUGCAACUCCGGAGGGUAAAAAUAUCGAAAAUUUAAUGAACUAUUUCUAUGAUGAGUUAAAGUGCAUUUUAUUUUCGAUUUGGAAUUCCUCAUUUAUAAAUUUUCGAGGCUGAAUCGAUUCAGCAUGUGGCAAUAUAGCAUCUGGCUGGUGAUUGCAAUUGUGUUUACAAAUGUUGUGGAGAGUAUUUCUGCAAAUUCUGAUGGAAAAUUAAUGCUAAAUAAAAUGGACAGUUUGCGAACAUUACGACUUCCAGAACGUAGGAACAACACUGAUAAGAUGAGCUACGCAGCACAACAGAAAUCACAACGGGGAUCUUUUAAUGAAAUUGAGAGGAUAAGCGAAAGAAAAUGCAGGGAAUAUCAAUAUGAGCUCUCUCAACAGAAACCCCUCGAUACAACGGAUGAAGACCUCGCUGAAGAAUUCCAGAAUUCGAUGUUGAUUGCUCCUAGAAUUUCUGGUGGACAGGAAACUGAGGAAAGAGAAUUUCCUCAUGUGGUAGCGCUGGGAUGGUUCGAGAAACAUUUGAACUUUUUUCAUCGCUGUGGGGGCAGCUUAAUCUCAGAAAAAUGGAUUUUGACCGCUGCACAUUGCGCUGACAAUUUUUUGAAUAAACAUGGAGUAGCACGACUGGGAAUAACAAGCUUAAGUGCAAUCACAUCGGGUGUAAUCAUUGGAGUGGUUGAAAUCAUUCGACAUCCCCAAUAUAAACACCCGGAAUUAUACGGCGAUAUCGCUUUGAUGAAACUCGCAAGAGCUGUGGUAGUUUCUGAUGCCAUUAGACCAGCAUGUUUGCAUUCAAAACUGGAUGAUGUACCAAAAAUGGCAUGGGCAACUGGAUGGGGAUCCUCAGAAUUUGGUGACGUGCAAAUGCAUGAUACUUUGCGCAAAACAAAGUUAGAGAUAGUUGACACUCUGCUCUGCGCACUUGGAUACAAACGAACUAUUGCAAUUCCACAUGGAAUUGCACCGAGUAUGAUAUGCGCUGGUGAUCCCCACGGUGGAUGGACGAGAGACACGUGUAAUGGUGAUUCCGGAGGGCCACUUCAAAUAUUCAACGUUGAAAGUGGUAUGCAUGUAAUCGUUGGGAUUACAAGCUUUGGAAAACUGUGCGGAACGCCUCACUUUCCAGGAAUUUACACACGUGUUGCCUAUUAUCUCCAGUGGAUUGAAUCGAUUGUGUGGCCAGCGACGUCUUCCUUGGAUGACAAUUACAAGCGUUCUCAUUAA